AUGUCUGCAGCCUGGAUCCCGGCUUUCUGCCUUGGUGUGUGUCUGCUGCUACUGCCGGAGCCCGCGGGCAGCGAGGGACCCGUUCCUAUUCCCAUCACAUGCUUUACCAGAGGCUUGGACAUCAGGAAAGAGAAAGCAGACGUCCUGUGCCCAGGGGGCUGCUCUCUCGAGGAGUUCUCUGUGUUUGGGAACAUAGUGUAUGCUUCUGUAUCGAGCAUAUGUGGGGCUGCUGUGCACAGGGGAGUCAUCAGCAGCAACUCAGGGGGACCUGUGCGAGUCUAUAGCCUACCAGGUCGAGAAAACUAUUCCUCAGUAGAUGCCAAUGGCAUCCGGUCUCAGACGCUUUCCAGAUGGUCUGCUUCUUUCACAGUGACUAGUAGCUAUGAAACUGUCUCCAUUUUGCUAAUGCCAAGUGCUUCCUUUAUGUUAGGUAAACGACUAAAGAAGACCCCAGAGAAGAAAACUGGCAAUAAAGACUGUAAAGCAGAUAUUGCGUUUCUGAUUGAUGGAAGCUUUAAUAUUGGGCAACGCCGAUUUAAUUUACAGAAGAAUUUUGUUGGGAAAGUGGCUCUAAUGUUGGGAAUCGGAACGGAAGGACCACAUGUGGGUCUUGUUCAAGCCAGUGAACAUCCCAAAAUAGAAUUUUACUUGAAAAACUUUACAUCGGCCAAAGAUGUCUUGUUUGCCAUAAAGGAAGUAGGUUUCAGAGGAGGUAAUUCCAACACAGGAAAAGCCUUGAAGCAUACUGCUCAGAAAUUCUUCACAUCUGACGCUGGGGUGAGAAAAGGGAUCCCCAAGGUGGUGGUGGUGUUUAUUGACGGCUGGCCUUCUGAUGACAUCGAGGAAGCCGGCAUUGUGGCCAGAGAGUUUGGCGUCAAUGUAUUUAUAGUUUCUGUGGCCAAACCUAUCCCUGAAGAACUGGGAAUGGUGCAGGAUGUUGCAUUUGUUGACAAGGCUGUCUGUCGGAAUAAUGGCUUCUUCUCUUACCACAUGCCCAACUGGUUUGGCACCACAAAAUACGUAAAGCCUCUGGUGCAGAAGCUCUGCUCUCAUGAGCAGAUGAUGUGCAGUAAGACCUGCUAUAACUCCGUGAACAUAGCCUUUCUGAUCGACGGCUCCAGCAGCGUCGGAGAUAGUAAUUUCCGCCUCAUGCUUGAAUUUGUUUCCAAUAUAGCCAAGACUUUUGAAAUCUCAGACAUUGGCGCCAAGAUAGCUGCUGUCCAGUUUACUUAUGAUCAGCGCACAGAAUUCAGUUUCACUGACUAUAGCACCAAAGAGAAUGUCCUUGCUGUGAUUAGAAGCAUCCGCUACAUGAGUGGUGGCACAGCUACUGGUGAAGCCAUUUCCUUCACUGUCAGAAAUGUGUUUGGCCCCGUGCGGGAGAGCCCCAACAAGAACUUCCUAGUAAUUGUCACAGACGGGCAGUCCUAUGAUGAUGUCCGAGGCCCAGCUGCUGCUGCCCAGGAUGCAGGUAUCACCAUCUUCUCUGUUGGUGUGGCUUGGGCACCUCUGGAUGACCUGAAAGAUAUGGCCUCUAAACCAAAGGAGUCACAUGCUUUCUUCACAAGAGAAUUCACAGGAUUAGAGCCAAUUGUUUCUGAUGUCAUUAGAGGCAUUUGCAGAGAUUUCUUAGAAUCCCAGCAGUAA